CAAGUAACGGAGAGGACUUCAUAAAUGGGAUUGGACGAUUCCAUUGGAUUGCCAAGGGAAAUCUAUUGGCAUCAUCCAACCCCAUUUACGGUGGGUAAUUCUCUCACUUAUACUUUUCUAAAAGAAAAUCGUAAAACUGUCAGGAUGCUGGGAGGCCUGGUCUGGAGCUCUCGACUCUGUAUAUACCUGUAGAAUGCAGUGAAUGUGUGGAUGCGCGCUAGCAUUUACAAAUUACAAUAUUAGACUUUUGUGAUUAUAAUUUAAAAUUCUGUUGCAAUGUCGAAAGCUAAAAUCUCCGCAGAAUGGAGGAAACGCGUAAAGUCCGAGUAUAUGCGUUUACGGCAAAUGAAACGCUAUAAAAGGGCAGAUGAGGUAAAGAUAGCUUGGAAUCAAAACCGCAAGGUUAUGUCUGAACUAUUAACAACAGAAGAGAAACGAUGGACCGAUGGAAAAGCAAUGUGGCUAGCAAUGCAAGACAUUCCUCCUUAUGUUUCCUGUAUGAAGAAGGCGGAAGUUACAAGUUCUGAUGGAGAUGUGCAAACUUGUCCUGUUAAAAUCAUUAAUGCUGUAACUCCUAUACCAACUAUGUAUACGUGGGCACCUAUACAACAGAACUUCAUGGUAGAAGAUGAAACAGUUUUGCAUAACAUACCAUAUAUGGGAGAUGAAAUUUUAGACCAAGAUGGCACAUUUAUCGAAGAAUUAAUAAAAAAUUAUGAUGGAAAGGUUCACGGAGACAGAGAAUCUGGUUUUAUGGAUGAUUCCACAUUUGUUGAUUUGGUAAAUGCUUUGGCACAAUAUGAAAAAGAAGAUAAAGAGAGAGAACAAACGAAAAAAGGAAAGGAUAAGGAAGAUGAUAAAGAAAAGAAGGACGGUGGGAAUAUUAAAAACGAGGUCAAGUCUGAGAAAUUAGAAGACGUUAAAACAGAAGGGAAUCCAUUUCCGUCGAUGCACAUUUUCAAUGCAAUAUCCAGCAUGUUUCCUGACAAAGGAAGACCAGAAGAGUUAAAGGAAAAAUACAUAGAGUUGACGGAAAGAUCGGAUCCAAAUGUUCUACCACCAGAGUGUACACCAAAUAUCGAUGGUGUGAACGCAAAGAGUGUACCUCGGGAACAAACGAUGCAUUCUUUUCAUACUUUGUUUUGUAGAAGAUGUUUUAAAUACGACUGUUUUCUACACCCAGCCAGGGGAACUUCGCCGCAAGGUCUUCAAGUCUGUCAUCCCGGCCCGAAUCUGCAGAAACGAAAAGGGCCCGACCUAAAACCGUUCUCUGAACCGUGUGGGACAGAAUGUUAUAUGCACUUGGAGGGAAUGAAGGAAAAACUUGCGGCUCAAGCGGCUGACAUCAAAGAUGAGGAAAGCGACGAGAAACGCGGAGCUCCUAGAAAAGUACGGAAACAAGCAAGUGUUGAUUCAGGAAAUGAAGCUAGCAGUGAAGAUAGCAAUGAUAGCAAUAAGUAUAGUCAAGGAGGUGGUUGUCAAGAUUUUAAACAAAACGUGAAUAAAGAAACAAAACCGGAGGAGUCUGUGGAAGAUCAGACCCAACCAGAGAAUCAGGUGCCGUUUACAUUGCUUGGUCUUAAUAAACGUAUUAAAACGGAAAAUGAGCUUUCGUGGACCGGCUCCGAACAGAGUUUAUUUCGAGCCCUGCAUAAGGCUUUUCCUGGUAAUCCAUGCGCAUUAGCGCAGAUAAUGUUGACGAAAACUUGUCAAGAGGUGUAUAGAUUUGCGCAGAAGGAGGCCUCCGACAUUCCAGCAAUCGAGAACUUGAAAGAUUUUACACCUCCGCGCAAGAAGAAGAAGAAGCAUCGGCUUUGGUCGAUGCAUUGCAGAAAAAUACAAUUGAAAAAAGAUUCUGGUGCCAAUCACGUGCAUAAUUUCGCACCAUGCGACCAUCCAGGAAGACAAUGCGACAAUUCUUGUCCGUGUAUACAAGCUCAGAACUUUUGUGAAAAAUUCUGUCAGUGUAGCAGCGAAUGCCAAAACCGGUUUCCAGGAUGUAGGUGCAAAGCUCAGUGUAAUACCAAGCAAUGCCCUUGUUAUCUAGCCGUAAGGGAAUGCGACCCGGAUCUCUGUCAAACUUGCGGCGCGGAUCAGUUUCAUAUUACCAAGAUAUCUUGUAAGAACGUCAGUGUCCAACGAGGUCUUCAUAAGCAUCUUUUGAUGGCGCCCUCCGACGUCGCUGGUUGGGGAAUAUUUCUUAAAGAAUCUGCGGCCAAGAAUGAGUUUAUUUCCGAAUAUUGCGGAGAGAUAAUCAGUCAAGAUGAAGCCGACAGAAGGGGCAAAGUGUAUGACAAAUACAUGUGUAGUUUUCUCUUCAAUCUGAAUAACGAUUUUGUUGUGGACGCAACAAGGAAGGGAAAUAAAAUACGAUUCGCCAAUCAUUCGAUAAAUCCAAAUUGUUACGCGAAAGUGAUGAUGGUGAACGGCGAUCAUAGAAUAGGUAUAUUCGCCAAGCGAGCUAUUCAACCUGGCGAGGAGCUGUUUUUCGAUUACAGAUAUGGACCAACAGAACAAUUGAAGUUCGUCGGCAUCGAACGGGAAAUGGAAUUUCUGUAAUUUUUUAUACGCGCGACGUUGUAAAAAGAUUGUUACUGUUUGAGAAAGAAAACAAGAAACUGAACAGAAUUUCCACGACGGGUACCUGAUGCCACGAAUUCAUUGGAUAAGCUUUUACGUUCCACGAUACUCAAGAUCGAAACAAUACCGGACAAAAACACUGUUUUGCUUCAACGAUACCGAUCAAUAAACUAUAUUUUAAAACGUG